UUUAUUUUUUCAGUUUUACAAUUUAUCCACGCAAUAAAUUAAAAUUAACACAACUUUCCAACGAAUACUUGAGGGGUAGUAAUUGAAGAAAUAAAUUCGUGUAUGCGCAGUAUUUUGUAUUACCUGAAUUGACCGAAUUGAUCAAACAAAUGACACUCCUGGGAAAGCAACCCCUUGCCGAAUCACUUGGUUCCAACAGAUCAGCCAUCAAUGGCUUAUCAAAAAUCAUAAAACUCUUCCUCCUGCUGUUCGUCAUCCUCUGCCUCUUCCUGGCCUAUAGAUGGUGGGUGCUGGUCAGCACAAAUAGAGAUCUCUACAAUGAAAAUGAAAAACUGAGAGCCAAUAUUAAAAGGAGUAACGAAUUUCUGAAAAAGAUGCAACAGAUGAAUGGGGAUUUGAAAGAUUGCCGGGACGCCAUGUUCAGAGAAAAAUCUAAAUCUCAAAUGUUUGCCAAGAACAGUGAGCAAGAAUCUGAAAAAUAUCAACAGCUAAAGACGGAUUUGAAUAAAUGUUCUGAUGACUGUGCAGAAAGAACAAAGAUCUUGGAAGGCAGACUAGCAGUUUGCCAGAACCAACCCAAAGAUGCAAUGAAACAACCAUCUGCUGGAAAUGGCGUGCAGACUCCUCACUCAACUCAAACACCCGCUAACAUUUUUGCUUCUAAAACAAAUCAACCGAAGCAAGAGCGUCCUCCAUUUUUGGGGGGCAAACCUUUUGGACUUCCAGACGAUGGCAAGACCGACAAAUCCGGCAAAACGUGGGCGGACAAACAGAAGAACAUGGAUCCAAACAUGGGCAGGCCCAACAUCACCCCCUCCCCAGACGGCGUACAGGGCAACAUACCUCCUAGGAAGUUUACUUUCACUGAAAGACCCAACGUCGAUAAGAAUUUGGUCAAAACAGAUGAUGUGGAUAAAAAUGCUGCCAAGAACGUGGACGCUGGCAAACCCGGUAACCCGGCUGGUGGAAAUUUCGAUCAACAAAAAUUUCCAAAUAAAUUGAAAGUUGCGGCAGAUAAAAACGUUAACGACAACAAAUCUGUCAAGAAAGAUGCGAAAGGUGAUAAUGAAGAUGAUGACUACGAUUACUCCGAUCUUUCUGAUAAGGAGACAAAACUCGCGGUAGGAAUAACUACCAAAAAAUCUGCUGCUGCUGGCAAUGUUGGUGGUGGUAAUGCCGGUGUUACUGGUGGUGCUGUCAAUGAUGGAGGAAAAUCAGGAGGAGGAAAGGACAGCAGGCCUGGCUCCAAAAUUACUCCAGGCCUUCCAAUGAAGGGUGACCAAGAUGUUAAAAAAACUACACCAUCUGGAAAAACUGCUACUGGCAAAAUCGAUGAUGCUAAGAAAGAUGAAUACGAUGAUGGUGAUUACGGUUAUAUGCGGGUCGUUUGGAUGUACGUUGCUAGGGUAUAUCAAUACCAGAUAUGCUAUAUUCUGAAUAGUCUAGUAUGUAUGGGGGUACUUUAUAAGACGGGCAUAGAAAAAGCGCUCAACAAUUCAUUAUUCAUGAGCUUCGGCAGGUGCAACCUGUUUCCGCCAUGCGCAGUCCAUUACCGCCAUCUUGACCAAAGAACAAUAAUCUGA